GGUCUCUGCGCGGCCGCCCAGAGGAGCGGCGGCCAGGCCUUGGGGGCGACCUCCUCUCAGAGUUGUGGGCCCGGAGUCGACUUCGCUCCCCUACCAGUUGCUGGAUUACUUUAGCCAGGCCAGGAGAAGACCGAGUUCCCGUUGUGAAAUCAGCCUGAAGAGCUCUUAAUCCGGCCCAGGUGUUGCCUGGUUGGGCCCAGAAAUGGGAUGCCAAGCCUCUUCAGGGAGCACAGAAGGCGCAGGGGCCUUUUGGAGCUGCAGCCGUGACGGCAAGUGAGCCAGCUGCUGGAGGAUGUCCACAACCACCACGGCCGCCCCUGCGGGGAUCCCGGCGGCUCCGGGCCCUGUGAACCCACCCCCGCCCGAGGUCUCCAACCCCAGCAAGCCCGGCCGCAAGACCAACCAGCUGCAGUACAUGCAGAACGUGGUGGUGAAGACGCUCUGGAAGCAUCAGUUUGCCUGGCCCUUCUACCAGCCCGUGGACGCAAUCAAACUCAAUCUGCCUGAUUAUCAUAAAAUAAUAAAAAACCCGAUGGAUAUGGGGACUAUUAAGAAGAGACUAGAAAAUAAUUAUUACUGGAGCGCAAGUGAAUGUAUGCAGGACUUCAACACCAUGUUUACAAAUUGUUAUAUUUACAACAAGCCCACAGAUGACAUAGUGCUAAUGGCCCAAGCCUUAGAGAAAAUUUUUCUGCAGAAAGUGGCCCAGAUGCCCCAAGAGGAAGUUGAGUUAUUACCCCCUGCUCCAAAGGGCAAAGGCCGGAAGCCGGCUGCGGGGACCCAGAGUGCAGGUACGCAGCAAGUGGCGGCCGUGUCCUCAGUCUCCCCAGCGACCCCCUUCCAGAAUGUGCCCCCCACUGUCUCCCAGACGCCUGUCAUUGCUGCCACCCCCGUACCAACCAUCACUGCGAAUGUCACAUCAGUCCCUGUUCCCCCCGCUGCUGCACCGCCUCCUCCCACGACGCCCAUCGUCCCUGUGGUCCCUCCCACGCCGCCUGUUGUCAAGAAAAAGGGCGUGAAGCGGAAAGCAGACACAACCACGCCCACCACGGCGGCUAUCACCGCCAGCCGCAGUGAGUCGCCCCCGCCGCUGGCAGAUCCCAAGCAGGCCAAGGUGGUGGCCCGGCGCGAGAGUGGGGGUCGCCCCAUCAAGCCACCCAAGAAGGACCUGGAGGAUGGCGAGGUGCCUCAGCACGCGGGCAAGAAGGGCAAGCUGUCCGAGCACCUGCGGCACUGCGACAGCAUCCUCAGAGAGAUGCUGUCCAAGAAGCACGCGGCCUACGCCUGGCCCUUCUACAAGCCAGUGGACGCCGAGGCGCUGGAGCUUCAUGACUACCACGACAUCAUCAAGCACCCCAUGGACCUCAGCACCGUCAAGAGGAAGAUGGACAGCCGCGAGUACCCAGACGCACAGGGCUUCGCCGCCGACGUCCGGUUAAUGUUCUCAAAUUGUUAUAAGUACAACCCUCCAGACCAUGAGGUGGUGGCCAUGGCCAGGAAGCUCCAGGACGUGUUUGAGAUGAGGUUUGCCAAGAUGCCAGAUGAGCCGGUGGAGGCACCAGCACUGCCCACACCCACGGCCCCCGUGGUCAGCAAGGGCACCGAGAGCAGCCGCAGCAGCGAGGAGAGCUCUUCCGACUCGGGCAGUUCUGACUCGGAGGAGGAGCGAGCCACGAGGCUGGCAGAGCUGCAGGAGCAGCUGAAGGCCGUGCAUGAGCAGCUGGCCGCCCUGUCUCAGGCCCCCGUGAACAAACCAAAGAAGAAAAAGGAGAAGAAGGAGAAGGAGAAAAAGAAGAAGGACAAGGACAGGGAGAAGGAGAAGCACAAGGCCAAGCCCGAGGAGGAGAAGAAGGCCAAGGGCAUCCCGCCGGCCAAGCAGGCUCCGCAGAAGAAGGCCCCCGCCAAGAAGGCCAGCAGCACCACGGCCGGCAGACAGCUGAAGAAGGGCAGCAAGCAGGCGUCGGCGUCCUACGACUCCGAAGAGGAGGAGGAGGGUCUGCCCAUGAGCUACGAUGAGAAGCGCCAGCUCAGCCUGGACAUCAACCGGCUGCCGGGGGAGAAGCUGGGCCGCGUGGUGCACAUCAUCCAGUCGCGGGAGCCCUCCCUCAGGGACUCCAACCCCGAUGAGAUCGAGAUCGACUUCGAGACUCUGAAACCCACCACCUUAAGGGAACUGGAGAGAUAUGUCAAGUCUUGCUUACAGAAGAAGCAGAGAAAGCCCUUCUCAACAAGCGGGAAGAAGCAGGCGGCCAAGUCGAAGGAGGAGCUGGCCCAGGAGAAGAAGAAGGAGCUGGAGAAGCGGCUGCAGGACGUCAGUGGGCAGCUAAACAGCAAGAAGCCCACCAAGAAAGAGAAAUCCGGCUCCGCGCCCUCUGGGGGACCAUCGCGGCUCAGCAGCAGCAGCUCCUCGGAGUCGGGCAGCAGCAGCUCCAGCGGGUCCAGCUCCGACAGCAGCGACUCCGAGUGACGGGACUGGAAGCAGCAGGCGGAGGAUGCCCACAGCGAGCCCUGCGGUGCCCGUGGUCAAUACACUGCUUUGUUCCAUGGUGUGCAGGUCUUCUUUGAUUCAGUGUUACGGUAUCUUCCAGUUCUGCUCCAGUAGGUCAGAGGUCCUCCCUGUGCGUGCGUGCAUCGGACUCCAGAAGGUGUGGCCCCGCUAGUCUUUUCUUCGUAACUCGGUUCAGUUGCUUGGAGACGACGGCCUCAGAUGCUAACCUGACAGCGACCCCUGGACCCCUGCGAGGCAGGAUCUGAAGGACCUUGCAGAGUCCCUGUUCCCAGCCCAACCUGGGCUGUCCUCGGAGGGAGACUGACGUGGGUACUGUAUUGAAAGCUUUGCCAGCGUGUGGUAUCUUUGCCAUUUGGGCUGCAGCCCUCGUGCCACUGCGGUCACCCCUGCCGGGGCCAAGGACAGGUGUGCCUGCCAGUGAGGCCCCGCUGGGCCUAGUGAGGCGCUGUGCAGCUCCACAGCCGAGUGUGCCGUGGGGCGGGUGUGCGGGCGGGCGUCUGGUCUCCGGCCACAGCGGCAGCAGCAGGAGCUUCCGGGACCGAACACAGCUACUGCAUGUGCGGCGUCCGGGUUUCCAACACUGAAACUUUUACCUCAACUUAAAAAAAAAAAAAAAAAAAAAUUAAAAAAAAGAGAGACUUUUUUGUAAGGUUCAGCGGUUUUCUAUAAAAGUCCAGCCCGUGUGUCCCCAUCUGGUCAGUGCUGCCCUGGCUGCUGCCGCACACUCUGGAACCACUUCCCUAGUUUAUGUAUAUAUAAAUACUUUAUUUAUUAACAUCAUUGGUCAUUUUUUAAAAAAAAAAAAAAAAGAAAAGAAAAACAAAACCGUGAAAGAAGUGCAUUAGGAGAAGUCGCAGAGACGCUGGCCUCCGGGCCCCGGCCUCCGGGCCCCGGCCUCCCCGCCUGCCGGGCUGGUGCUCAUCCGUCUGUGUGCUCCUCCUGAGUCCGGUGGCUUUUUUGGUUCUUCUCGUGGGUUACUUUGUUUCUGCUUUUGUUUCUGUAACAUUGGAGACUUACUAAGGGGGACACCUCUCAGCUACAGCACACUUAGGUAUUUACGUUGGUUCAGUUCUCUCAUAUUCACUUACGGUCUCUUUAAGACUUAAAAUCAACUUAGGGAACCCCAGUUCUAUAACAUAAGCUUUGUAAUCUGAGAGAGAAGAAAUGUAUAGUAAAUCAAAGGCUCGAUUUUUAACUUUCUAUUGUAAAAAGUAAUAAUAUACAGAGUUUAACGGAAGGUUCUGUUUGGUUCUGUUUUUUUGGAGGCUGCCGUCUGGCCCAGCCAAGCUCUGCCCAGCCGAGCUCUGCGCACCGUGGCUUUGGCCGGCCUGCCCCCUGCUCACCCAAGCCUCCAGGGGCCUGGCCGGUCUGCCCAGGCAUGGAGGCCACCCUGGGGUCCACACAGUGCUGCCUGCUGGAGAAAUGCCUGCCCUAGGUGUCCUCACAGACCCCCAGAUGAGGGCCCCAGGGGCUGUGGGGUCCAUGCCUCGGCGGCUUGGUCUGGUGGUCCGUGGUCCCCACAGGCACGCCUGGGUGAAUAUAGGACUGGUCGUGGGCAUCCCUGGGCAGGUGACGUUUCAGUCCCUGGCCCUCCGCAGGUGUGGGAGUGCCUGGUGGGCUGCCGGCAAUUCUGCCACUUGGCUUGUUAAACUUUUAAGUCAGUUUUGUUUAUAGUAAAAAUAUAAAUGGAUUUUAAAGUUCCAUUUUUAAAAGUUACCCUUGUUUUUCAAAGGUAUUUUCUAAAUAGAUCUUUAAUAGAAUAUUUAAACUGUGAUUUUAAGGAAUUAACACGAGAUCGACAGGUCUUCGCACAGGAUCUGAGUGGUGACGUUCCAGGAGUGCACUCUUGGGCGAGGCACAGGCCCCAGCCAGGGUCCCUGGGGGAGCUGCAGGUAGUGAGGUGUCGCCCGUGGGAGCUGGCCCGGGAGAAGCAGCUGGAGUUGGUGCAGUGGCCCGCUGUCCACCAUGUUUGACGCAACCGCCACCCGCCCUUCUCGCAGGUUCCUGGCUUGGCGGCUCCCGGGCUGUGGCCACACUGAGCGCACAGCUCUUGGUGCUGUAACUUCAGGCCUUCUGUCCAGACUCAACACUGUUUCUCUUCAGUUUUGGAGGGUCAGCGACUCCCUUGAGACCCUUGGUGUGAGCUGUGGGCGCCUGGUGCCCCACUCACCUAUGUGGGGAGGACUGCAGUGGCUCCACUAGAUUGUCCCUUGCGGAGAGCCGUAGGGCAGCUCUCGGCAGGCUUCCUUGGCAAGGGUGCAGGAAGGGCAGGAGGAGCCUUGGAGGCCAGGCCAGGCCUGGGUGGCCCCGGGCCCAGGCCCUCCUGCUGGCCUGCCCCCCCCCACAGGCUUGCUCACAGACCGAGAUGCGUUUUCUUGUUCGUUUGGUUUUGUUCUUUUCAGCGUCCCGCCUUUUACUGUCACUGGGAAAAGCAAUGCCGCCUCAAGGCUGUCACACCCACUGUGUACCGCUGUUCCCUGAUGACACUAACACAGGACAUUUUCCUUUUUAUAUCUAAAAUGUUACUUUUCUGUAUGAUGUGCAUGCAAGUUUACCGUAACUUUUCUUAACUUUUUAGUGCCGUUUCUAGUAUAUUCCUGUAAAUGUCAGUUACUGAAAAAGAGUCCGGUGUAAGUAGUUUAGCUUGUUUAUUGCAAUGCUGGCCUCAACACCACAGAAUAAAAAUGGUAGAGAGUACUCUGAUGUUUCUGGUAAUCAUGGACCCUUCUCCUGGGGCAUUUGUUUUGUUUUCAUAAUAAAAAGAAGAAAAAGGC